GUGUGGGGGCGGGGCCGCCACGCAGCGGCCACGUUUCCCGCCCCGCUGGUGCGCGUGCGCGCAAUCCCCACUGGAAAGCGUUUGCGCGCGCCCCUGCCGCGGCCCCUAGCUCGCGCCUCAGCUCCCUCCCCUUUCCGGGCAGGCCCGUCCCGUCAGCAAGGCAGUGAGCACCGCGGCCAGCAGAGGGCGGUCCGGACCCAAGUCUGCAGCGGCGCCAUUGGCGUGUGGAAAAUGCCACCAGAUGGCGGGUUAGGAUUGCAGCUCCGUUGAAGGCGCGGCCCCCGCUCCCGAACCCCCGGCGACCACCCCGUAACAACCCCCCCACAUCGGGAAUAACACACCGGAGACUUUUGGGGGGAAACUAGGUCGAUGGUCGGCGGCGCCCGGAUGGGCAGCUGAGGAUUGCCUUUGAGGUUAUUUUAAAAGUUUUGAGUUGUACAGCACUUGAUUAUUUUGCUGCAUUGUGAAAGGACCUCUCCAGCAAUGAUUACUUCAGAAUUACCAGUGUUACAGGAUUCAACUAAUGAAACUACUGCCCAUUCCGAUGCUGGCAGCGAGCUUGAAGAAACAGAGGUCAAAGGAAAAAGAAAAAGGGGUCGUCCUGGCCGGCCUCCAUCUACAAAUAAGAAACCUCGAAAAUCUCCAGGUGAGAAGAGCAGAAUUGAAGCUGGAAUUAGAGGAGUAGGCCGUGGAAGAGCUAAUGGACACCCUCAACAGAAUGGGGAAGGGGAGCCUGUCACAUUAUUUGAGGUGGUGAAACUGGGGAAAAGUGCAAUGCAGUCCGUGGUGGAUGACUGGAUUGAAUCAUAUAAACAAGACAGGGACAUCGCACUUCUGGAUUUAAUCAACUUUUUUAUCCAGUGUUCAGGAUGUCGAGGUACUGUGAGAAUAGAGAUGUUUCGAAAUAUGCAGAAUGCAGAAAUCAUCAGAAAAAUGACUGAAGAAUUUGAUGAGGACAGUGGUGAUUAUCCUCUUACCAUGCCUGGACCUCAGUGGAAAAAAUUUCGUUCAAACUUUUGUGAAUUUAUUGGAGUCCUGAUUCGACAGUGUCAGUAUAGCAUAAUUUAUGAUGAGUAUAUGAUGGACACAGUAAUCUCCCUUUUGACGGGUUUGUCAGACUCCCAGGUCAGAGCUUUUAGGCAUACAAGUACCCUGGCUGCCAUGAAGCUCAUGACUGCUCUGGUGAAUGUUGCCUUAAACCUCAGUAUUCAUCAGGAUAAUACCCAGAGACAAUAUGAAGCCGAGAGAAAUAAAAUGAUUGGGAAGAGAGCCAAUGAAAGGUUGGAGUUACUACUUCAGAAACGCAAAGAGCUGCAAGAAAAUCAGGAUGAAAUCGAAAAUAUGAUGAACUCUAUUUUUAAGGGUAUAUUUGUCCAUAGAUACCGUGAUGCUAUUGCUGAGAUUAGAGCCAUUUGUAUUGAAGAAAUUGGAGUAUGGAUGAAAAUGUAUAGUGAUGCCUUCCUAAAUGACAGUUACCUAAAAUAUGUUGGCUGGACUCUUCAUGACAGGCAAGGGGAAGUCAGGCUGAAGUGUUUGAAAGCUCUGCAGAGUCUAUAUACCAAUAGAGAAUUAUUCCCCAAAUUGGAACUAUUCACUAACCGAUUCAAGGAUCGCAUUGUAUCAAUGACACUUGAUAAAGAAUAUGAUGUUGCUGUGGAAGCUAUUCGAUUGGUUACUCUGAUACUUCAUGGAAGUGAAGAAGCUCUUUCCAAUGAAGACUGUGAAAAUGUUUACCACUUGGUGUACUCGGCACAUCGCCCUGUUGCUGUGGCAGCUGGAGAGUUCCUUCACAAAAAGCUAUUUAGCAGACAUGACCCACAAGCAGAAGAAGCAUUAGCAAAGAGGAGGGGAAGAAACAGCCCGAAUGGAAACCUCAUUAGGAUGCUGGUUCUUUUCUUUCUUGAAAGUGAGUUACAUGAACAUGCAGCCUACUUGGUGGACAGUUUAUGGGAGAGCUCUCAAGAACUGUUGAAAGACUGGGAAUGUAUGACAGAGUUACUAUUAGAAGAACCUGUUCAAGGAGAGGAAGCAAUGUCUGAUCGUCAAGAGAGUGCUCUUAUAGAGCUAAUGGUUUGUACAAUUCGUCAAGCUGCUGAGGCACAUCCUCCAGUGGGAAGGGGUACCGGCAAGAGAGUGCUAACUGCCAAAGAAAGGAAAACUCAAAUUGAUGAUAGAAACAAAUUGACUGAACAUUUUAUUAUUACACUUCCUAUGUUACUGUCAAAGUAUUCUGCAGAUGCAGAGAAGGUAGCAAACUUGCUACAAAUCCCACAGUAUUUUGAUUUAGAAAUCUACAGCACAGGUAGAAUGGAAAAGCAUCUGGAUGCUUUAUUAAAACAGAUUAAGUUUGUUGUGGAGAAACACGUAGAAUCAGAUGUUCUAGAAGCCUGCAGUAAAACCUAUAGUAUCUUAUGCAGUGAAGAAUAUACCAUCCAGAACAGAGUUGACAUAGCUCGAAGCCAGCUGAUUGAUGAGUUUGUAGAUCGAUUCAAUCAUUCUGUGGAAGACCUAUUGCAAGAGGGAGAAGAAGCUGAUGAUGAUGACAUUUACAAUGUUCUUUCUACAUUAAAGCGGUUAACUUCUUUUCACAAUGCACAUGAUCUCACAAAAUGGGAUCUCUUUGGUAAUUGCUACAGAUUAUUGAAGACUGGAAUUGAACAUGGAGCCAUGCCAGAACAGAUAGUCGUGCAAGCACUGCAGUGUUCCCAUUAUUCGAUUCUUUGGCAGUUGGUGAAAAUUACUGAUGGCUCUCCUUCCAAAGAGGAUUUGUUGGUAUUGAGGAAAACGGUGAAAUCCUUUUUGGCUGUUUGCCAGCAGUGCCUGUCUAAUGUUAAUACUCCAGUGAAAGAACAGGCUUUCAUGUUACUCUGUGAUCUUCUGAUGAUUUUCAGCCACCAAUUAAUGACAGGUGGCAGAGAGGGCCUUCAGCCUUUGGUGUUUAAUCCAGAUACUGGACUCCAAUCUGAACUCCUCAGUUUUGUGAUGGAUCACGUUUUUAUUGACCAAGACGAGGAGAACCAGAGCAUGGAGGGUGAUGAAGAAGAUGAAGCUAAUAAAAUUGAGGCCUUACAUAAAAGAAGGAAUCUACUUGCUGCUUUCAGCAAACUUAUCAUUUAUGACAUUGUUGACAUGCAUGCAGCUGCAGACAUCUUCAAACACUACAUGAAGUAUUACAAUGACUAUGGUGAUAUUAUUAAGGAAACACUGAGUAAAACCAGGCAGAUUGAUAAAAUUCAGUGUGCCAAGACUCUCAUUCUCAGUUUGCAACAGUUAUUUAAUGAACUUGUUCAAGAGCAAGGUCCCAACCUAGAUAGGACAUCUGCCCAUGUCAGUGGCAUUAAAGAACUGGCACGUCGCUUUGCCCUUACAUUUGGAUUGGACCAGAUUAAGACACGAGAAGCAGUUGCCACACUUCACAAGGAUGGCAUAGAGUUUGCAUUUAAAUACCAAAAUCAGAAAGGACAAGAGUAUCCACCUCCUAAUCUGGCUUUUCUUGAAGUACUAAGUGAAUUUUCUUCUAAACUUCUUCGACAGGACAAAAAGACGGUUCAUUCAUACCUAGAGAAAUUCCUUACCGAGCAGAUGAUGGAAAGGAGGGAAGAUGUAUGGCUUCCACUCAUCUCCUAUAGAAAUUCAUUAGUCACUGGGGGUGAAGAUGAUAGAAUGUCUGUGAACAGUGGAAGUAGCAGCAGCAAAACCUCAUCAGUAAGGAAUAAGAAAGGACGACCUCCACUUCAUAAAAAACGAGUAGAAGAUGAGAGUCUGGAUAACACAUGGCUAAACAGGACUGACACCAUGAUUCAGACUCCUGGCCCCCUGCCAGCACCACAACUCACAUCCACUGUACUGCGGGAGAACAGUCGGCCCAUGGGAGACCAGAUUCAAGAACCUGAGUCUGAACAUGGUUCUGAACCAGACUUUUUACACAAUCCUCAGAUGCAGAUCUCUUGGUUAGGCCAGCCGAAGUUAGAAGACUUAAAUCGGAAGGACAGAACAGGAAUGAACUACAUGAAAGUGAGAACUGGAGUGAGGCAUGCUGUUCGGGGUCUAAUGGAGGAAGAUGCUGAGCCCAUCUUUGAAGAUGUGAUGAUGUCAUCCCGAAGCCAGUUAGAAGAUAUGAAUGAAGAAUUUGAGGACACCAUGGUUAUUGAUCUGCCUCCAUCAAGAAAUCGGCGAGAGAGAGCUGAGCUAAGGCCAGACUUCUUUGACUCUGCAGCUAUCAUAGAAGAUGAUUCAGGAUUUGGAAUGCCUAUGUUCUGAAGUCUGAAGAAAAUUUACAAAUCUGGAACUCUAUUAUUUAGAGCUAGAGGCCUAUAUACUGUGAUAGCUUGUAUGGGGAAAAACACUUUUGAUGUGAUCUGAUUUGUUUUUUAAUCAAAUGAUUAAGGUCAAUCCCUUUUUGCAGUGACAGAAGAGGAGCAUGUAAAUUACCCAAGGGAAUGUUGGUGAAUGUCAACUCAGAAAGACUGACCUGAAAAUCAUUUGUGUCCUACUAUUGGACUUAUCCCAAUACAGAUGUGUGUGUUUUUCUGGAGGGAGGAAGAAAUUUUAAAUUUUUAAAACAGCUGUCAAGAUAAACACUGUUAUACACCUGUUUUAUGAAAACUCAACAUUGAGUAAAAAAAAAAAAUAUUUUUAACUUUAUUUUCCUGUUGUACAAUUUAAAAACCGUUUUAACAUUUUGCCUUUUUAUGUUUUAAAAGCUAACCAUUUUUAUUAAACCUAUGAGUAAGCAGCUCAUCCUAAUUGCCGAAGAGUGUUUUGGAGUUCACUGGAUUUGGAUGACCUUUGUGGAACACAAAUAAUGAAGGAGCAGAACAUUGACAAGCUAAGAUGAAAUUCUGACAUAGUGCAUCUCUGCCAAAAACCACACACCCUCUGUGGAUAUGGAUAUGAAUUCCCAGAUUUUAUAUACUCUUGAAUAAAAGGUUUAUUUUUAUUUAUAAGUGGGCAUAAAAUAAGAAAUGUCCAUGCAGCCAUUUUUCCAACAGAUGCUGUACACCGUUCAUUUUAUAUAGACUAGGGAGAUUCAAAUACAGUGCAUUUUCUAUUGGUAUUUGUUCUGUGCAUUUUUAGCAACUUCUACCAGCAAAUAAAGUAUUCUCAGUAAAACGAAAAUGAUUCUCAAGUUAUCAGUUUGCUGUUUUUACCACUUAUUUCAUGCCCUGCCAAAUUCAAGUUACACAGACUUCCAUUUUCUUAAGAUAAUAAUGAAGAAAGAAAUCCUUUAUCAAUCAAUCAAUCAUUCAAAAGUAAUUUUAAGUGUAACAUAACUGUGUUUACUUCCCAUGCACUUAAUACCCUUAUGCGCUAAUUUUGUGAAUUAAUUAAUUAUUAAGUUUACUGAUUAUAGAAGUAUGUGCUGCAUAGAAGUCUGUGCUUAGAGGGUGAAGUUCCUAAGCUUACCUUGAAUUACAGCUACAUUUCAGUGUUAAAUGUGCAUAUUAAGAAUAAUUCUUUUGGGGAAAGAAAUUAUGAAUCUUCAGGACAGUCUACAAUGGUUUAGAGUUACAUUCUGCCUAGACUUUUAUGACUUGCUGCUAUUGUUUUAAAAACCCCACUUAGUCUCUUCCUUUCUGAUUUCUAAAGCCUCAGAAUUUCCAAACCAAUUCAUCCACAGCUGUUUCUGGGCUGGUUUUUAAAGUAGCUGCAACAGAAUCAUGAGGCUUUCCCUUUUUAUCAAAUACGAAAAACAUUUUUAAAAAUUCUGCACACCCAGUGAUCAUCUUUUGUGCAGGAAAGCAAGAUGAUGAUGGAUGAUUUUAUUCAUCCUUUUAGUAAAGACACAAAACAUUUUUCUCAACAUUUGUACAGUUCUGAAAAAAACCUGGUCACCAAAAAUAUCUUCUCUGCUAAUUCAGCAAUUCUUGGGCUCCAGUUAGUUAGGGGAGCUGGGGCCUCACUUUCUCCCAGAAUUGUGGGCUUCACUGGAAGUGAAAGUGCAGGAAUGACUGGACUGUCCACCCCAGCCCUGCCUGCCUGUGGUUUUGGCCAGGGAGCAAGCCAUGAGGUGCCCUGGCACAUGCACAAACUGAUCCUUUGCGUUGACAGUCUUGUAUGGAAAACAGAUGCUGACUGACAGAAUUGUAGACUACCAUGCCACACAAAAAGGCUAAAUAUCUACUCCAAUGGGUUUCCAGUUCAGUUUGAAGUCAAUCAAAUUUUUGUAUUUUCGGUGUCUCCUUGAUUGGUUUUGCUAGUAAUUCUGUAAAUUGUACAUUUGCAAUAUGAGGUUUUUUUUCCUUUUGUACAAUUUGAAACUGAUGCUUCACCUUUCCUUUAAUAAACUAUUCAAAAUCAG